CAGCUACAGUGGGGAUUCUCUGCAUGGGGGUGGGGCUGCUUCUCUCAGCCUGUGUCUACACUGGGACUGCCGUGAUGGUGGCAGACACACAGGGCUGUGUUUGUCUGAUUCCACUAUUGAGUGAUGACUUCCAGAAGGAACCAAGGGCCUGCAGUGGGGGCCUACAGGUGCACAGGGCUUAUCUGGCUGUUUUUCCCUGUUCCUGCAGGCUAUGUACAAGAAGGAGCCUUCUGAUGGCUGCUCCCUGCAGCCAGAGGUGGAUCUGUCUGGCUCUGUCUGUCCCCACUGGCAUUCCUAAGGAAAGGGCCUUCCAGUGGUGCUGCCCAGCAGGCAGACACAGAUCUGCUGGCUCUCUGUGCCAGCAGUGGUUUUGCAUCCUGUCUUCAGUGCUGUGCAUUCUCAUGUCUUUUGAAAUGCUGGUGCAAAACAUGCUGUUUCCUUUCGGUGUUUCAUUUUGUUUCCUAUAGUUCUGGCUUCCUUUAUUUUGCUCUGCUUUGUGUGUGGCGCCCCGCAUCUUUGCAAUACACUUGAAGCCCAGGUCUUGGACACCUGUCCUCUGCUCUUCAUGCCCUGGAGGGCUUUGGGUAUUCUCGGUCUCUCAUGGACCCUGGUGCUUUGCAGGGCUGUGUUCUCCAUGCUGUGAAGACCGCGUGUUGGUAGCUGGAUUGCGGUUACGUCGGCUGUGUGGAUCCCCCUUGGAAUCACGGCCACUGUGACCAUAAGUGUCCCUGCCCGUCCAGCAGUCAUUCUCGAUGCUGCUGUGUACAGAGUCUCUUCCGUUUCAGGUUUUUCAGCAGGUUCAUUACUGGGCUGGAGGAGUCGUGCUCGUGUAUUACGCAUUCUGUCAGGUUGAGUAUUUAUUGUAGGCGUCUUUUGGUGGUGCUUGUGUGUCUGCUCUGGAGAGCAUCCUGUCAUCAAGUAAGUAAACUUUGACCUCUUCUUAUCCUAUUUUAAUAUCGUUUUCCUUUUUCUCCUUGGGUGCUUGUUCUGGCUGAAUUUUUAAGUACUAUAUUGAACAGCAAUAUAGAUAAGAGAAAUGUUCUCAUUCCCAAUUUGAGGGACAAAACAGUGUUUUCCACUUGCUGGGUUGUUGGCAGUUGAGUUGUGAAGGAUGAGUGAUACCAGAUCGAGACGUGGUCCUCCCGUGUCCCUCCUGGGACUGGUUUCAUUGUGUCCCAUAGGCGCUGGCAACCGGGACCUGCCCUCCCAUUUGCUUCCAGGAAAUGUUUCCUUCUUUGCUUGACCACUUGUGUCACCAUUGUGUGUUCAGGGCCGUGUGACUCUAUGUCCCGAUGUUUAUAAAGCUCUCUGUGCUAUUUGUGUGCUUGAUAUCUAGGAGCAGUGCUCCGGGACGCCCAAGACACUGUGUGCUUGUGGAAAGGACCAGAAGGGGCUGCUCUGCAGGUCCCUUGGGAGGAAUUCCUGGGUCUUGCUGAGAAGAACACGUGUUCUUUAGCAUUUGGGUAGAAACCUCAGCAGACAGUGUUUGAUUUGUCUUACGGAAAGGUCUGGUUUCGCUGUGAAGCUGAGUUACCUUCUGUUUCUCUAACUGCCUUUAUUCAUUUAGUUAUUUUGUCAGUUAGGUAGUUGGUGUUUUGAAAGUGGGCCUUGAGGUUCAGCCCUGUACCACGUCUCUGUUUGCCUGAACUUUUACAAGCGGUUCUGUUUGUUUCCGUGGUGCUGCAGUGAGGUUUGGUGCCUGCUCAUUUUCAUGACGUCACCACCUCCUGCCUUCUUCCUGUGCAGCGGCUCCUUCACGUGUCUAGAGAGCCUUUCUUUCCCUGUUCUGCUUCCUUUGUGCCUUGAAGGAUUCUUUGAGAACGAGAUGGUUCUCCCUUGUUGAUUUUGGGUGACCGGUGCAUGUCAUGCUCAUUUUCCCCUUGAUUUAUAGUCCAUGAAUUUCUUUUGCACACAGUGAGUCUGUUGAAAGCACCGCAGCUGCAGUCUGACCUGAGAAGAGGCUCCGGAGGACGUGGGCUGACCCCCGUGCGCAGUCCUCGCUGACACGGGUCCUCUGGUUCCUGACUUCCCUGUUGCCUCCAUUUCCGCGGUAGUUUGUCACCACUCACCUGGUUCAGCCUCGUCACUCCAUUCGUCUGUGGGCUCCCUUGGCUGGCUGUCUCUGUCUAGGACGUCCCUGAGUGUUUCUGGAGUGUGGUUUGGUCACAGACACCCUAAGGUGCAGUGUGUCAAGGAAAAAGCUUCCUUUUGGUGCCAUUUCCACAAACAGCUUUGCAGAGUUUCUUAGCGUGUGUUUCUCUUUGGGGCUCAGGCUUUAUCCCUCUUCCUUAGGCAAAACAAACAUCAAACAGCAAAAAGAGAGCAAGACAGUAAGAAGGAGGGAAAAAUAAAUGAAAAACAAAAAAAAAUCAAUGGGAUGGAAAAGACACGAGACAGACAGUUGUCCAGCCCUCCCUCCCGCGUGACUGCGCCGAGCUCUCACCAUAUCUGGUUGGUGCGAAGGGCGUGUCUAGCCUCCCAUCUUCUCUGGACCCGCACAGCCUCCCGGGACAAGGGUCAGCUGGGUGGCAUUUGCAAAGGCAUCGUCCCACCUGGAGGGAGAGCUCACAGCAGCAUCUUGGGGUGGGGGAUCUGGCAGAAGUGACAGGGGAAGGGGAGGGAGGCAGCCAGCAUCCAGGUGGAGGCUGUGCAGUGCUGGGCGGGAUUGUUGUGUCCCUGCAGCCCAGAGAGGGUGUAAUUAGGGGAGAAGCUGAGGCUCCAGGAACAAAGGAACAAGCAGAGUGGGAAAGUAGGAAGUCAGAGCAGGAAGACAGCAGAGCCGUGCAUGUGGCGGGCCUGCCGGGAACCGGGUAUAAAUGCAGCUCGGGGUGGAGGCCCAGACCUCACCAGCACCUCCUGCCAGCCACAGCCACCUCCUCUCCCUCGUCCGCCAUGUGCCACACCAGCUGUUCCCCGUGCUGCCAGCCGGCCUGCUGCGGGUCCAGCCCCUGCCAGGCUGCCUGCUGCGUGCCCGUGAGCUGCAAGCCUGUCCUGUGCCUGACCCCAUCAUGCCAGUCCUCGGGGUGCUGCCAGCCGUCGUGCCAGGCCUCCGUGUGUGUGCCCGUAUGCUGCAGGCCAGCCGUGUGCGUGGUGCCCUCCUGCCAGUCCUCGGGGUGCUGCGAGCCAUGCUGCCAGAGCUCCGUGUGCUUCCCCGUGAGCUGUGGGCCCUCCUGCCAGUCCUCGGGGUGCUGCCAGCCCUCCUGCCCCACCCUCCUCUGCAACCCUGUCUGCUGUGGCACCUCCUCCUCCUGCUGCUGCUGACCUCCUCCUGCUGCGGCUGCUGAACUCCCAUCUCCGUGUCCACUCUCCGGCACAUGGGACAGGGGACCGCCACUAUGUACCUCCCGGGCCCAUGUGGUCCCGCAUUGUGGCAGACAGGAAUCCUACUGGACUGAGCUGCUGGACUCUGAGCUAGAACCCAGCAAGGGGCUCCAGAGCCUCCCUUUCCCUCUCCCAACGCAAAGGAUGCUCCUCUCCUGAGUAUCCAACCACUGCCCCAUGGGAGCCAAAUAAAUCCACUUUGCCAGUGCC